UCGUCAAGUGUUUCCUUGACGGAGAAAAAACGCACAGUUUUUUGCUCCUCCGUCCAUCUGUUCAGAGGAAAAAGAAUCACAAUAAACCAGAAGAGAUUAAACUACGUGUUUGGGGCACAUCCAACCCGCGCUGUGUGAUUUUUAUUCCUCAACUGAUUGAAUUUCAUCUGAAAUGGAAGUAAGAUGUCGUCCCGCGGUGAUGUGUUGUUUCCUCGCCGUCCUCUCCUCCGUGAUUCCCCGCUCCGUGGCUUCGCCAUCCGUGGACAGACAAUAUCUAAACGAGUGGGCCGUCGAGAUUCCGGGUGGACUGGAUGCGGCGGCGGAGAUCGCCCGGGAGCUGGACUACCAACUGGUCCGACAGAUUGGGGCCCUGCAGGACCAUUUCUUGUUCAGACAUAGCAAACAUCCCCGCAGAAUGAAGCGAAGUGCCACGCACGUCACCAGGCAGCUGUCGGAGGAUGAUCGGGUGGUAUGGGCAGAGCAGCAGUAUGAGAAACGGCGCAGCAAGCGAGCAUCCCUUGGGCGUUGCAGGGACUGCCCGGCUGACAAGCUGUUUGAUGAUCCCAUGUGGAACCAGCAGUGGUACUUGCAAGACACACGCACGUCGUCUUCCCUUCCAAAGCUGGACCUGCACGUGAUCCCAGUGUGGCAGAAAGGGAUUACGGGCAAAGGAGUGGUCAUCACUGUUCUGGAUGACGGACUGGAGUGGAAUCACACCGACAUCUACUCCAACUACGAUGCAGCAGCCAGCUAUGACUUCAAUGAUAAUGACCCUGACCCAUUCCCCAGAUACGACGCCACCAAUGAAAACAAGCAUGGAACAAGGUGUGCUGGCGAGAUCGCCAUGCAAGCAGACAAUAAUAAAUGUGGUGUUGGUGUGGCCUUCAAUUCCAAAGUUGGCGGCAUUCGCAUGCUGGAUGGAAUUGUGACAGAUGCUAUUGAGGCCAGCUCUAUUGGCUUCAAUCCAGAGCACGUGGACAUCUAUAGUGCAAGUUGGGGACCCAAUGAUGAUGGCAAAACUGUUGAGGGCCCAGGUCGUCUGGCUCAAAAAGCCUUCGAAUACGGCAUUCAGAAGGGCCGAGGUGGAAAGGGCUCAAUCUUUGUUUGGGCAUCAGGUAACGGUGGUCGCCAGGGUGAUAACUGUGACUGUGAUGGCUACACAGACAGCAUCUACACUAUCUCAAUCAGCAGCGCCUCUCAGCAGGGCUUGUCUCCGUGGUACGCUGAAAAGUGCUCUUCCACUCUGGCUACAGCGUACAGCAGUGGAGACUACACUGAUCAGAGGAUUACUAGUGCUGAUCUACAUAAUGAGUGCACUCAGACUCACACCGGAACGUCGGCCUCAGCCCCGCUAGCUGCUGGAAUAUUUGCCCUGGCACUGGAACAAAAUCCAGAUCUGACAUGGAGGGACUUGCAGCACGUUGUGGUCUGGACGUCAGAAUACGAUCCCUUAGCCAAUAAUCCAGGUUGGAAGCGGAAUGGAGCGGGAUUGAUGGUUAACAGUCGCUUUGGUUUUGGACUUCUCAACGCCAAAGCCUUGGUUGACCUUGUUGACCCUGCAACUUGGAAGCAUGUGCCAGAAAAAAAGCAGUGCAUAGUGAGGGAUGACUCUUUCCAGCCCAGGGACUUGAAAGCAGCUGGGGAAACCACCAUAGAGAUUCCAACAAAAGCCUGUGCAGGGCAGGAGAACUCCAUUGGUUCACUGGAGCAUGUGCAGGUGGAAGCCAGUAUUGAAUACACCAGGAGAGGCGAUCUGCAUAUUACACUCACCUCUCCAGCUGGCACGAGCACAGUGUUACUAGCUGAACGUGAGCGCGAUACGUCCUCUAAUGGUUUUAGAAACUGGGAUUUCAUGUCAGUCCAUACAUGGGGUGAAGAUCCUUCUGGUACUUGGACCCUCAAGAUAACAGACACUUCGGGCCGAAUGGAAAAUGAGGGUCGGAUUUUGAACUGGAAACUGAUUCUCCAUGGAACAUCUGAGAAGCCGGAGCACAUGAAGAAGCCUCGAGUGUACAUUCCCUACAACGCUGUGCAGAAUGACCGUCGUGGUGUGGAACAUAUGGAUGACAUGAUGGAGGAGCCGACUCCGGCCCAUCCAUCUCUGAAGACUAAAGGACAAGCCUUGGCUUCUUCUGAUGCAGGAACAAAACCCCAGCAGCCAGCAAACACACCAUACUCCCCCACACAGGCCUUGCUGCGUCUUCUGCAGACAGCCUUUAACAGGCAAAGCCCCACUGCCAAGCUGCCCCAAUCAGUCAGGGGCUGGCAGCAGCCUGGAAGGAUUUCCUCUCUACUGGCAACAAAAACCCCACCACAGAAACUGUAUCAAGCUCUGGACAUUAUCAACAAAUAUGGUGGCCUCGGGCAAAGUGUCUACAAUGACUAUAGUGAUGGCUUUUACAACAGCAAGCCAUACAGGCAUAGAGAUGAUCGCCUGCUGCAAGCUCUGUUUCAGAUGAUUGAUGAUGAUGACUAGGAAUGAAAGAAAGAGAGAGAGAGAGAUAUAUUGGAAAAUAUAGGAACACGGAAAGAGAUAAAAGUGGAAUGAAAUUGGCAAAAAAAAAAAGAGACCUCAAAGGUCUUUUAAUUGGUUCUCUGUUGUCCCCCAAAUGCUGCAUAUCUAAUCUCUCUUGCAAUUAUUGAGUUCAUUAUUUUAUUAAUCCAUGUAACAACUUUCUCCCAGUUGUUGAGAUCUCUGCAGUCAUUUUAGAGCACAUUUUGCCUACUCAAGAAUGUAAUAAUUAAAAUAUUUUAAUUAAAAAAAAAAAAAAUCAAUUUAUCGUAGACAAGUCGAAUCCCAUUUAUCGAUAUAGCCCUUAAUCACAGAUAGGUCUCAAAGAGCUUCACAGACCUACAUUUGGCCCAAACAAAUGCACUACCUUUUGGUACUAUUAUUUUUUAAACACUAAAAACACCAAAAACAAAAAAAUUGAUAUUUGUAUCAGAGAAAAUGCAAAAAUGAUUCAGUUAACCCCAUUGGACCCUGAAAUUCCAAAGAUUAGGACAAUUUUUAUUCUAGCAAGGUCUCUAAGCAAUGAAUCUAUGAUUAAAGUAGUUGCUGAUUUAAUAAUCGAUUAGCUGUAUAGAUUAAUAGACUACCGAGCAAAGGCUGGGUGGGCCAUGAGGUCUAUACUUUACUCACCACUGUUUAAGACCCACAUCUCUGUAACACUUAAUAGAGUAAACAGUCAUUGCACUUUAAUUGUACAACAGGUUCAACUGUUGGCAAUAAGUCAGUCUCCUACAUUCCUCUCAUACCGAGAUAAACAUUUAUGGACUCACUAAAAAUUGUAUAAAUUUGACCUAGACUUACAAAUAUGAUGAAUGUCGUGUGAUUUAGUAAACAUCCAUUCAGUUUGCUGUACUGUUUUGUGUUGUAUAGGUGACCUUGAAUACUGUGUAAGAGUCAAAGGCCGUCACUAGCUCGUUUUAAAAAGUCAAAGAAGAAACAUUAGAACAGCUACAAUUACAGUAUUAGAAUUAUCCCAGGAAUAGAAAACAAGAUGGCUAUAAUAGGAGCCCAUACAAUUUUGGUGACGAUCUGAAUUAAGGAUAUAGGAAUUAUUUAGGUAACAAAUGGAACUACCUGACAUCUGCCAACCCCCAAAUCAGAAUGUAAACAGUCAUUCUGUUAAUAGACCUCUUUAACAGAGAUAUAAAGACAAAAACAACAGAUCUGAUGGUGGCUCAAGACUUUUGCACAACACUGUGCCUCUUGUGUAUUUGACGAGAUAUGUAUUUUUCAAUAGUGAACAGUACUUAAAUCAGAAAUCAGCUUACACAUUGACCAGGUCUAUAAAGAUUGAAACUUUUGAUGAUUAGUAAUAUUCUCAGGGUUUCUACAGACCUCUCUAACACUGUAGAUAUUAUUUGAAAUCUCAAACAAAGGAAACACAUAGAUAGAACAAUGUUUUGUCUGGCUAUUAAAGAAGUGGCCUCCCUUCUCCCUGCAUCCCAGUUAGAUAUCUUAGAGUAUGCUAGCUUAUUUAAAUUAAAUACGAGGGAAUACAAAAAAAUUAACUUUCUUUUGCAUCUUUUUAUUUUUAUUUUGUAUAAGUACAAUGCUGCAUUAAAGGAAAUAUUUUUCUAAGAUCCUCAUAUUUUAUGGAAAUAAUAUAUAAAACCCUAAACAGUUUAUUCUUUCACUUGGUUAUUGCAACCUCUCUGUAGAUAGAAGAGGAACACUGCCAAAUAGUUGGCAAGCUUCUGUGUAUUUAAUUAAAAAUGUGUUUGUUCUUUAUGUGCAAUUAUCGUACAAGCAGUUUUUUUUUUAAGUGUUGCAGUAUUAAUUAAGCGAAAGCACCACUGGACCUAUCAAGCUAGAAACUUCAGCUGUGGGAUAGAAACUGCAUGACAACCAGCAAGUACAUUUGUCUACAAAGCAUUUAGAUUAUUAUUAGCAUAAUCAUCUCCCCAUAGUGACCAAUUUUAAUACAGUUUUUGUUUGUCUUGAAUGAGCUUUUAUACAGAGCCCCUACAAUCCAGAAUGGAAUUGUCAGCCCCGCUUCUCUGCCAACCAGGUGAAAGGACAAGGAUAAUGUAUGGGGGAAAUGCUGCACUGUAAAUUAUCAAUAACGUAGCCUAAAUUUUGCUCUUUCAUGUUUUGUUUUGUUUUUUUGGCUGAUGCUUCCGUUCAGAAUUGUUUGCACAAACCAGCAUUAUGUUGCGGUUUCUGUAGUGGAUGUACAAAAAUAAGAGAUUUAUCGUAAAAUAAACUGCAAA